UCGAGCUUCAACUGGUUAUUCUAGAAAACCUUCCAAGAUGAACCAACUUAUCACACUGGGAUUAUUGCUCAUCCUCGCUGCAGCCAUUGGUGAGGCAUGUGACUGUCCUCCUACACAUCCACAGGAGGAAUUCUGUAAUGCAGACUUUGUUAUUAAGGCGCUCAUACUAGGCAGGAAAGAGGAGGGGGAAGAGGAAAAAAAACCUCCAAUGGAAAAUGUAGAAGAGGAAAUGGCAUGGCCAUCAAUUCAAGGCGAUUAUGAAUAUUCUAUCAAGAUCACAGCGGUGUACAAGAACAAGCGAACUGGUCGAAGAUAUGCUACACUUGAUAAACUCUACAGUCCGAUCAGCUCAUCAAUGUGUGGUCUAAAACUGACCAUCGGUGAAAAAUACAUCAUUCUGGGAUCAUUAUCAGGAUUGGACAACAAGGCUCACAUUAAUGCUUGUAGCUUGAUAAGAAAAUGGUCUAGUAUGAAGAAGGCAGAGAGACAAAAGUUGCGGGAGUACAAAAAGGCUUGCAAUGUUUGUGAGGUCCAAAGCAACUGCUUUGCUUGGUGCAAGAAGAAGGAAAAUGCCUGCCAGUACAACCCAAUGCAAUUCGAAGCUGACUAUUGCCUUGAGAAUCAAGUCUGCACCAUGAAUGAAGACGGAAAGUGCCAAUUUGAGAAUGAGAAAUGUGCCAGACCAGAAGUUGAAGAGAAGGAAGAGAUACCAGAAAAAUUCACGCACGAAGAAUUUGUAUUUCCGUCUGCCAAAGUAGAAGAGAAAGAAGAGGCUGAAAACGAGGUUAUGAAGGAAUUAGAGGCUGCAAAAGAAGAGGUUGAAAAAGAAGAGUCUGAGGAAGGAAAGGCUGACGAAGAGUCUGUGGAAGGAGAGUCUGAAGAAGAGGCUGGUGAAGGGAAGGCUGUGGAAGAAGAGGUCGAGGAAGAAGAGGCUCUGGAAAUGGUUGCUGAGGAAGAAGAGGCUCUGGCAGUGGUGGCUGAGGAAGAAGAGGCUCUGGAAAUGGUGGCUGAGGAAGAAGAGGCUCUGGCAGUGGUGGCUGAGGAAGAAGAGGCUGAAGAAGAAGAGGCGGAGAAAGGAGAGGCGGAGACUGAGGCAAAAAAACCUGCUGAGGAAGUAAAGCCAGCUAAGCCUGCUGAGGAAAUGAAACCUGCAAAACCUGCUGAGGAAAUGAAACCUGCAAAACCUGCUGAGGAAAUGAAUCCUGAAAAACCUGCUGAGGAAAAGAAACCUGAGGAAGCAAAGACUACAAAACUGGCUAAGGAAGUUAGACCAUAAAACCUGCCAAGGAAAAGGCAUAAAAUUAAAAUAAAGACAAUUCUUGAGAAAAAUCAAUGCAUGUUUGCUGUGUGUUUGGCAAUGUUUAUUUCUUCAAGAUGAAACUUUUAACAUAGCAUUUUUAGUACAAGUAUGACAUCAUAUUGAUAGAUGGCAGAAGUGUUCUCUCUGCAUUCAGUCGUUACAAUAUGUUGCUUUAUAGAAGUAAAUAAAGUUACUGUAUGUAUUGUGAAAAUCUCAUAUCUCAAAACUUUGUUCCUGG